AUGAAGUUCAUCAUUGCCUCCGUUGCUGCUCUGGCUUCCGUCGCAGUCGCUGCACCACCCGCUCGGGAGUGCACGCCGGUCGCCUAUCGAUGCCAUCCUGGCGCGGAAGCUUGGGAUGUUUGCAAUACCAGCGGCCAGUGGGUGUUUGCCGGUAACUGCCCACCACAAACCGUCUGCAAGUUCCUCCAGGCCAACGGCAGCCCCUACUGCGUCCCCCCCAACUUCACGAUCCCUUAA